AUGGAUUGGAAUCUAAUUAAACUAAUAUUUCUGUGCUUUGCUGUUCUUAUUGGAAUAAGUAGUUUUUUACUUCAUUGUUAUGAGAAAUAUUUACCCAUAUUCAUAAAGAAGUCUAUUCGUCACGGAAAAUAUGCUGAGAAAACCCGUCAUAACAUUGCGGAAAAAUUUGAAGUUCCUAAAAGAUCUUCAGAUUCUAACGAAGCUUCAUAUGUUUUAUUACUUUGUCUUUAUGAAUUAGCCCCACUAUCAAUUACUGCAUUAGUUUUAUGCGUACAUAAAUAUUUUUUUUCUGGAAAUCUACCGGAAGCAGUAUAUGAAGUUUUGGAUUUACUACUUAACAGCACUAGAAAAUCACUGGGUAUAUUAAAAUUAUUCUCAUGGUUCUACAAUUAUAAUUUACAUCUUACACCAUUGGACACGAUGAUUGCAAUUACUUUGAUAACAGUUCAAUGUUGUAAAAGAUUGUAUGAAGCUUGCUAUGUCAGCGUUUAUAGCGAAGCAAAAAUGAGCGUAAGUCUUUACAUUGUUGGAUUUAUUCACUAUUUUGGAACAAUAACAUGCAUAAUUGGGGAAUCCUAUGGAUUUAUAAAAGGUUCUGAAUAUCCAUUUCAUUGGAAUGAAUUGAAUAGUAUACAUAUUAUUUUUUCGAUCUGUUUUCUUUUGGCAUCUUAUGAACAAUUGAGAACUAAUUUUAUUCUAGCAAGCUUACGCAAAAAUAAAAAAGGAGAGGUUGUUACAAAAUCGUAUAAAAUUCCAAGUGGUAGGCUUUUUGAAUACGUAACAGCUCCUCUUCAGCUCACAGAAAUCAUUAUGUAUUCCUCAUUAAAUAUAAUUCUUCGGCAGAGUUCAUCAUUCUGCUACAUAUUUAUUUGGGUUCUCGCUAAUCAGAUUGAAACUGCUCUUUCAAGUCAUCUGUGGUACAAGAAAACUUUUAAAAAUUAUCCUAAUUGCCGUAAAGUAUUAGUUCCUUUUCUACUUUAA